GCCCCACACAGCCAGCCAGCACCGUCAUCAUGGAGUCCAGAGGGAAGUCGGCCAGCAGCCCCAAGCCCGACACCAAGGUGCCCCAGGCUGGUGCUGAAGUCAGAGCACCCCCGGCUGCAGAUGGGAAAGCCCCCUCAGCCAAGCCUGGGAAGAAGGAAGCCCAAGUGGAGAAGCAGGAGCCACCGGUGGCCCCCACUCCACCGCCUGCCAAGAAGACCCCCAAAGCAGACCCUGCCCUUCUCAACAACCACAGCAACCUGAAGCCAUCCCCCCCAGCCCCCAGCAGCCCCAAUGCAACCCCUGAGCCCAAGGGCCCUGGAGAUGGGGCUGAGGAGGACCAGGCCCCCAGUGGGGGCUCAGGGGGCCGAGGUCCCUGCCCCUUCGAGAACUUGACCCCCCUGCUGCUGGCUGGGGGGGCGGCUGUGGCAGCCGCAGCCCUGAUUCUUGGUGUGGUCUUCCUGGCCCGGAAAAAAUGAUGGCUGGUACCCAGGUUGGGGACCAGCCACUCCCUGUACAGACCUUGGGGAUCUUGUGCAUGCGAAUUCACACACAGCUAUCUAUCCAUACAUACAUAGGAAACAUAUAUACAAGCACCCCCACAGACACACAGAGGGAGAGAUGGACAGGCCCUGGGCAGUGGAAGCCAACCCCCCCUUAGCUGGCCUCCAGCUCUUCCCCCUCCCAACCUCCCGGGCAGAAGGAGCCUAGGCUCCAGGGUUACUGAGCAGCACGGGAUGGAGCUGUGACAUCGGGCAGAGGGCUCAGGGCCAGGGCACGGACUGGGUGGACCCUGAGUGUGCCAGCCUGUCCCAAGGGGCCCCAGUGUUCCUCUGGGUUUCCCGACAGCAGCUUCCUAAUGAGCCCCCAGGGUAGGAGGGAGCCCCAAGGCCGACAGGGGUCCAGGAUGGGCUCUGACCUGGGCCCAGCCGUGUGGGGACAUUAAAGGGUGUAGCUGUUUCACUUUCCCCUCUUCUGCUCUUUGCUUGCAGCUGGAGGGGUGGGGUGUCUGUCUGGGUGGGCCACUGCACUGGGACUGACCUGAGGCUUCCCUGCCACCUCUGCCUGUCGCCUACGCCCUAGCUGGGUAGACAGACCAUCCUGGGGGCAGCUGAGAGCCAGGCAGGGAGGGGGUGGAUAUCAAGGACCUGCCCUGCAGCUGUGUCUGCCUGGCUCCCAAAGAUGCCCCUGGAGACGGCCCCUCCUGCCUUGCCUCACUUGGCGUCCUUUGAGUCUAACAAGCGUAUAAAUGCAAUAACACAGGUAGAGUAGAACCACUUGGUGGGUGACUGUCACCCAUGUCCACUGCCCCAUUGUGCCUGCAGGGACACCAUGCUGCGCGGCCCCCCUCUCUAGUGCAUCUGGUCCCAGCUUGGCCCAUGGUGCCAUGACAUUGGGCAGGCUCUGGAGGGUGGCGGUGGGCACUGUGGGAAUCUGACGAGCCCUUCCCUGGCCAGCUGGCCACUGGAACCCUGGGCCUGACUGGAGGCUGAGUCUACAAUAAACUAUUGUCCAAAGGC